AGCCCUUUGGCCCUUCCCCAAACCCUCACAAUCGGACGUCUCUAGGAGACCAAAUCGCUGCUGCACGAGACGACCGCGCUUCAGAGGAAAAAGGCAAAGCGGCAGAACCCAAACCCUAGAUCCGCCUUCGUACUCAAGAUGGUUUCCGAUGCGAGUAAGAAGAAGGCGGCUCAGAAGAAGGCUGCAGCUGCCGCCAAGCGAGGCGGAAAGGCUGCGGCGGCUGCCGCCUCGUCGAAGGCCGCUGCUGCUGCGGAAAACGGUAGCAAAGCCGAUGGUUUGGCUAAUAAGGUCGCUGAUAUCCAAUUGUCCGAUCGGACCUGCACCGGAGUUCUCUGCUCGCAUCCUUUGUCCAGAGAUAUUCGGAUAGAGUCUCUUUCGCUAACUUUCCAUGGCCACGAACUGAUAGUGGACACUGAACUGGAACUCAAUUAUGGAAGGCGUUAUGGUUUGCUUGGGCUAAAUGGCUGUGGAAAGUCCACUCUUCUUGCUUCCAUAGGUUGCCGAGAGCUUCCAAUACCAGAUCACAUGGAUAUCUACCACCUUACAAGGGAAAUCGAAGCUUCUGACAUGUCUUCUCUCGAGGCUGUCAUUAACUGUGAUGAAGAGAGGCUUAAAUUGGAAAAGGAGGCGGAACUAUUGGCUGCACAGGAUGAUGGUGGUGGUGAACAACUAGAACGCCUUUAUGAGCGUUUGGAAGCAAUGGAUGCUGCAACUGCUGAGAAACGGGCCGCCGAAAUUUUAUUCGGGCUCGGAUUUGACAAGAAUAUGCAAGCCAAGAAAACCAGAGACUUUUCUGGUGGAUGGAGGAUGAGGAUUGCUUUAGCAAGAGCCCUUUUCAUGAAUCCAACCAUAUUGUUGCUCGAUGAACCAACAAAUCAUCUUGACUUGGAGGCAUGUGUUUGGUUGGAAGAGACGUUGAAGAGGUUCGAUCGAAUUCUCGUGGUGGUGUCACACUCCCAGGACUUUCUAAACGGAGUCUGCACCAACAUUAUCCAUAUGCAAAACAAGAAGCUAAAGCUCUAUACCGGUAACUACGACCAAUACGUCCAAACCCGUUCCGAGCUCGAAGAAAACCAAAUGAAGCAAUACAAGUGGGAGCAGGAGCAGAUAGCCUCAAUGAAGGAAUACAUCGCCCGAUUCGGCCAUGGAUCCGCUAAACUCGCUCGUCAAGCCCAGAGCAAGGAAAAAACUUUAGCGAAGAUGGAGCGAGGCGGGCUAACUGAAAAGGUCGUCAAGGACAAGAUUCUCGUUUUCCGAUUUCAGGACGUCGGAAAGCUCCCGCCUCCUGUUCUCCAGUUCGUCGAAGUCUCAUUCGGCUACACCCCUGACCACAUCCUCUACAAGGACCUCGAUUUCGGCGUCGACCUCGACUCGAGGGUCGCCUUGGUGGGUCCCAACGGUGCUGGGAAAAGUACCCUUUUGAAGCUGAUGACGGGCGAUUUGGUUCCCCUUGACGGCAUGGUCCGUCGACACAACCAUUUAAGGAUUGCGCAGUUCCAUCAGCAUUUGGCUGAGAAGCUCGAGCUCGACAUGUCGGCGUUGCAGUACAUGAUGAGGGAGUACCCAGGGAACGAGGAGGAGAAGAUGCGGGCGGCGGUUGGGAAAUUCGGGCUGAGUGGGAAAGCGCAGGUGAUGCCGAUGAGGAACCUGUCGGACGGGCAGAGGAGCCGCGUGAUCUUCGCGUGGCUGGCGUGGAGGCAGCCGCACAUGCUGCUGCUGGACGAGCCGACUAACCAUUUGGAUAUCGAGACGAUCGACUCGCUGGCGGAGGCGUUGAACGAGUGGGACGGGGGGUUGGUGCUGGUUAGCCACGACUUCCGGCUUAUAAACCAGGUGGCGCACGAGAUAUGGGUGUGCGAGAAUCAGACGGUGUCGCGCUGGGAGGGCGAUAUUAUGGACUUUAAGCAGCACUUGAAGGAUAAGGCCGGUUUGUCCGAUUGAUUGAUUGAUUGAAAUUGGACUGGGUUUUGGAGUCGGGGAUGUACGCAAUGUUGUCGUGGUUGUGGUCGUGGUCUCGUUUCUUUGUCUGGUCCUUCCCGGAUGGAUUUUUUUCGACGCGUGCUCGGGAGGGUGGAUUCCGGCGGGAAAGAAACUGUAAGACUUACAUUUCAUUACAGUUCAUUUGCAUUGCAUUACUUAUAUAUACAUAGAUGUGUGCAUUUUUGUGCUGUUAUGGUGAAAAUAGAUGAUAGAAGAAGAACGGUGAGACCUGACCAGACUAGACCAUAGUUUUAUACGAUUUUGCGAGAGAUCCAUCUUAUUACUACUUGCUAUUAUUAUUAUUAUCACUAUUACUAUUACAUUACUAUUAUAUCUAGUCUCUCGAGUCUACUUUUAUGAUUAUAUAUAUAUAUAUAUGAUUAUAUUUUUGAUUAUAUGAACAUGAGUAUUAUUUUGAUGUUGUGCCGUUUUAUAUUUUUGUUUGUUAGAGCAUUAGUAAGUAAUGUUAUAAGUAGUAUGUUAUGUUAUAGUUUAUUUGAUUUGAAUAAGUGAGGAAGAGGGUGGGUUGUAUUGUUGGAUAUGAAGUUGGCAUGCAUGCAUGCAUGUUGUGUAAUCUUUGGUAUUUUAUUUUGCUUUUUUUAUAAACCUCUCUAUGAAAACAAUUUCUAAAAAUAAAAUAAAAUAAUUAUUGCUA